AUGGACCAGUCCGCAACGACAGCAGCCUACGUCUCAGGCAUGCAAGAGGCCCUCUCCCUCUACGGCAACGAACUUGUCGAGUUUACGACAUACUUCUCCAUCGGCUAUGCCCUCUUCAUCGUCCCUUCUCAACUCAUUCAAACCCGCGUCCGCCCGUCCCUCUGGUUGCCAUUCUGCGAAGUCGUCUGGGGCGCCAUCACCCUCGCGACCUUUGCCGCCAAGAACGCCCGCACCGUCUUCGUUUUGCGCUUCUUCCUCGGCGUAUUCGAGGCGACUUCGUGGCCGGGCAUCGUGAACCUCAUAUUCAACUGGUAUACCCCCUCCGAACUCGGCAAACGUCUGGCCAUCUUUGGCGUAAGUAGCCAGGCCGGCAGCAUGUUCCUCGGCAUCCUCCAAGCCGCGCUCUACAAGAACCUCAACGGCGCACACGGCCUCGAGGGCUGGCAGUGGCUCUUCGUCGUCUCAGGUACUAUGACGAUCGUGUGGGGUCUCUACGGGUUCCUGGUCAUCCCCGACGCGCCCACCACGACCCGCGCCCUCUGGCUCACUGCAGACGAACGCGUCCUCGCCGCAUCACGCAUGAAGAAGUCCGGGACGACGACCCAGGAAGUCAUCAAAGGGAAGGCCCUCUGGUCCCGCGUGCGGAAACUCUUCACCUCGCCCAUCACGUACCUAUUCCUCGCCGCAUACCUCCAAUUCGCCUGGUCUCAGCGCGCCAACUCGUAUUUCUUACUCUACCUCAAGGGCCUCAAGGCCGCAGACGGCACGACGGCGUUGUAUUCUGUCUACACUGUCAACCUCAUCCCGCUCGGCGGCUACGCGAUCUCCAUCGUAGCCAACAUUUCCCUCAACGCGCUGAGCGAUUGGAAGGACUGGCGGUGGCAGGUCGCCAUCGGCGCCGCGGUGCUUCAGCUCGUGGCUACAUCUGUAUUGGCAGCCUGGCCUGGCGGAAGGGGGACAAUUAUGACGUUUUACUUCUUGACGUUUGCGACGGCGGCUUGGGGAUAUGCUCUCCUCGCAUGGCUUGCCAUCAUCUUGCGCAAGGAGCCUGAGGCGAGAUCGGUGAUUGUUGGACUCGCGGUUACGCUUGUGUAUGUUGGGCAUGCUACGAUCCCGCUUCGGGCGUGGAGGACGGCGGAUUCACCGAGGUAUCCUAUCGGGUUCCCGCUGGCGGCGGCGUUUAGUGUUGGGAGUAUCGCUUCUAUCCUUGGGAUGUUGUGGUAUGUGCGGAAGUAUCCCGAUGUUCUUGAUUUUGGUCUCAAUUGGAAACCGGAACAACAAGGCAGCUGUAACGAAUGA